GGCCAGCUGACGGCGGCCGGCGCUGGCUGCUGUUGCUGGUGUUCAGGACGGAGGCGUCGUACGCGAGGUUCGUGGAGGGGAGGAACUGUUGGAUGAGGGUUUUGGCGGGGGCGAGCGAGCUCGCGGGGUUGGUGAUGGGGGUGAGGGCUAGGGUUGAGGAUUUGGGGGUGAAGAGGGCGGUUUUGGGGUACAUUGAGGCGUUUCCUGUGGCUCUCAAGGAGUCCAAAAUUAGUUCUUUCCAUGAAGGAAUUGGUGUUUGUGAACAGCUCAUGGGCAUUCCUAUUCCUCUUUCAUAUACUCGCCUGACGUCAAGGUUUUUAGUCUUAUGGCAUCUUACGCUGCCCAUAAUACUUUGGGAUGAUUGCAAUUGGAUAGUUGUCCCAGCUACCUUUAUCAGUGCAGCCUCUUUGUUCUGCAUUGAAGAAGUAGGUGUUCUCAUUGAAGAGCCAUUUCCUAUGCUUGCCCUCGAUGAGCUCUGCAAACAGCUCCAUGAAAGUAUUCAAGAGGCAAUGGCAAUUGAGAACGCGGUUCAUAUGAGACUUGCAGCCAAGAAGAAGCGUCACUCUGAAAGCCACCAUAUCAAUGGCUGGUCUAAUUCAUAAGAAUCAGAACAGAAAUGAGAAAAGAAUCUUAACGUGGACUAUUGAAGGUAAAUUGCAGAUAACCCCCUACAUCUAUAAGCUCAAUUGCAGAUAACCCCCUCAGCUUAUUUAUUAGCACUUAGCUCCCCUCAAUUCAUGGGGAAAGGGGUGUUGCCUGAAAUUUUCGAAAAAUGACUAUCUAAGGGUACUAAGUGCUAAUAAAUACAAGGCAAUCUAUCAUUCUAAAGGGAGAGCACAGCUAACAGAGAAAACGUGGAGCUGUGAGUUCUGGGCUGCAGUCCUGCACACUUGCAGUUGGGUUUUCUGGAAAAGUUGCAAGAUUGGUACGGUUGUAUCCAGUAAUGAGAAAAUAGUUUGCCUUGGCAUUGCAAUAUUCUGGUUGCUUAUUAGGGGAAUAAGUUUGGUGGAAGUUUUAUAGAUAUGUAAAUACAUAUGAAACAUUCAGUAAUUCACUAUGUACAGCAAUUCUACAA